AUGGCCAAGGCCGAUGCCUCAUCGCCCACCGGGACGCCGCCCUCAACUGCGCUGAAGCGAACGACUUCCAGCACCCAGAACAUGAAAAGCCAGAAGUCGAUUCUGGGUUUCUUCCAGAAAUCAUCCCCUGCCACUCCCUCAUCCGCCAAACCCCGCGAACCUGCAUCGUCACCCGCCCAGCGAGCCUCCGAGAACCGCGGUGCUAGCGCGACAAAACAAACACCUGGAACGCAGAAGAGAAGCUUCUCGAGUUUCGCGGCAGAUUUGAGUCCCGUACCAAGUAGUGAUUUACCUGUUCCGGACGAAGAUGAGGAGGAUGCUGGUGUGAAGACAAAAGACGAUAAAGCGCAAGAUACCACAAUGUCUCCUUCUCGUCGGGCCAAGAAGAAGCAGGUCAGUUACAAGGAGUCUGAUUCGGAGGGCGAAGAGGACGACGAGGUCAUUUUCCGCCCAAGCCGGAAGAAUGGUCGGGCUAGUAAAAGACAAAAGACUGUUGUGGAGAGUGACGAAGAAGAAUUUAAAGAGGCUGCGGAUGAUGCUGGAUACUCAGAUGAUGAUAUGGACGACUUCGUUGUUGCCGAUGACUCAGAUGAAGACGCUGCACCUGCGCCGAAGCGCAAGAGACCUGCCACUCAGUCACGCAAGACUUCGAACCAGUCGUCAUCUGCGCCGCCUCCUCCACCAGCGGACGAUGACAUCGAUCUUGACAUCCCCGAGGGAUCAGCCGGGACUGCGCAACAGUGGAAAUUUGAUCCUGAGAACAACGCACCCCGAAAGGAGCGUGUGGUGGAAACGAAAUCAGCCUCAAAGGGGCCCGCGAGAAAAGAGAAGGCCCACGUCAAGGAGCCUGAAGACCGAUAUCCUUGGCUUGCGAAUAUCAAAGAUAUUGAUGGUAACCCUCAGGGACACCCCGAGUAUGAUCCUCGAACUAUCUACAUUCCCCCUCUUGCCUGGUCCAAAUUCUCGCCAUUCGAGAAGCAGUACUGGGAGAUUAAGCAGAAGUUUUGGGACACCGUGGUGUUCUUCAAGAAGGGAAAGUUUUACGAGCUGUACGAGAAUGAUGCCACCAUUGGUCAUCAGCUGUUUGAUUUGAAACUUACUGAUCGAGUCAAUAUGCGAAUGGUUGGUGUUCCGGAGAUGAGUUUGUCUCACUGGGCAAAUCAAUUCGUGGCCAAGGGAUUUAAGAUUGCCCGCGUUGACCAGUCCGAAUCUGCGCUGGGCAAGGAAAUGCGCGAGAGAGAUGCCAAGAAGGGUGGGAAGGAAGACAAGAUUAUCAAGCGUGAGCUGGCGUGCGUCCUCACAACCGGUACCCUCGUCGAAGGGUCGAUGCUCCAGGAUGACAUGUCUACCUACUGUGUUGCUAUUAAAGAGGCUAUUGUGGAUGACCUUCCCGCAUUCGGUAUUGCUUUUGUUGAUACAGCUACGGGCCAAUUUUUCAUGUCUGAGUUUGUCGACGAUGUGGAUUUGACUAAGUUUGAGACCUUUGUUGCGCAGACCCGCCCUCAAGAAUUGUUGCUUGAAAAGUCUUGCGUCUCGACGAAGACAAUGCGCAUUCUGAAGAACAACACUGGACCCACCACGCUUUGGAAUCACCUGAAGCCAGGCAGAGAGUUCUGGGAAGCCGAUAUUACGCUCAAAGAGCUUGAAGCAGCGGAGUACUUCGUGUCCCCAGAUGAUGAGAACAUCAAGGCUUGGCCUGAAACACUUCGCCAGGCUCGUGAGAAAGAACUGGUUAUGUCGGCUUUCGGUGCUCUGGUUCAAUACCUGCGCGUUCUCAAGAUUGACCAGGAUCUGAUUACCAUUGGCAACUUCACAUGGUACGACCCUAUCAAGAAGGCUUCCAGCCUGGUGCUGGACGGUCAAACUUUGAUCAACAUGGAAAUUUUCGCCAACUCAUAUGAUGGAGGUAUCGAGGGCACUUUGUUCCAACUUCUCAACUGCUGCAUCACACCCUUCGGCAAACGAACAUUUAAGCAAUGGGUUUGCCACCCGCUGAUGGACGCAAAGAGAAUCAAUGCCCGUCUAGAUGCCGUUGACGCUUUGAACGCCGAUCCAAGUAUUCGCGACCAGUUCUCCUCGCAAUUGACCAAGAUGCCUGACUUGGAACGAUUGAUUUCUCGAGUCCACGCUGGACAGUGCAAGGCCCAGGACUUUGUGCGUGUCCUGGAGGGCUUCGAGCAGAUUGAUUACACCAUGGGUCUUCUUAAAGAAUCUGGUGCUGGCGAGGGUAUCAUCGGACAGUUGAUCUCCGGAAUGCCUGACAUGACUGACCUUCUGGGUUACUGGAAGACGGCCUUUGAUCGACCCAAGGCCAAGGAAAAUGGCAUUCUCGUUCCAGAGCCUGGUGUUGAGGAGGAUUUUGAUAAUUCGCAAGCGGUCAUUGAGCAACUGCACAAAGAUCUGGAUAAUAUCCUCAAGAAGUCACGCCGUGAUCUCGGUUCUACUUCCAUCUGCUACCGUGACAAUGGUAAGGAGAUUUAUCAGCUCGAAGUGCCCGUCAAAGUGAAGAACAUCCCCAAGAACUGGGAUCAAAUGUCUGCUACCAAGCAGGUUAAGCGAUACUAUUUCCCAGAGCUCCGAAGCCUUAUCCGUAAGCUGCAAGAGGCCCAAGAAACCCACAGCCAAAUUGUCAAGGAGGUAGCCGGCCGCUUCCAUGCUCGAUUUGAUGAGCACUACGGUACUUGGCUCGCGGCUGUCCGCAUCAUCUCCCAGCUGGACUGCCUGAUCAGUCUGGCGAAGGCUUCUUCAUCUCUUGGUCAACCCAGCUGCCGGCCUGUCUUUGUUGAGGAUGAACGAAGCGUCCUGGAGUUUGAGGAGCUCCGCCACCCCUGUCUUCUUUCUUCCGUCGAAGAUUUCAUUCCCAACGAUGUCAAGCUCGGUGGUAACAAACCCAACAUCGACCUGCUUACCGGUGCCAAUGCCGCCGGAAAGUCCACCCUCCUUCGCAUGACCUGUGUUGCCGUAAUCAUGGCACAGAUCGGCUGUUACUUGCCCUGUCAAUCCGCACGACUCACCCCAGUCGACCGCAUCAUGUCGCGUCUGGGAGCCAAUGACAACAUCUUUGCCGCCCAGUCUACCUUCUUCGUCGAACUAUCCGAAACCAAGAAGAUUCUCUCCGAAGCCACACCGAGGUCCCUGGUGAUCCUCGACGAGCUUGGCCGUGGAACCAGUUCGUACGACGGUGUCGCCGUCGCACAAGCCGUGCUCCACCACAUUGCCACACACAUUGGUGCAAUGGGCUUCUUCGCUACACAUUACCACUCCCUCGCUGCGGAAUUCGAGAACCACCCCGAAAUCGCCCCGAAGCGCAUGGCUAUCCAUGUCGACGAUACCGAGCGCCGUGUAACAUUCCUAUACAAACUUGAAAAUGGUGUUGCGGAGGGCAGUUUCGGUAUGCACUGUGCAGCUAUGUGUGGUAUCUCCAACAAGGUCAUUGAGCGUGCCGAAGAGGCUGCUCAGCAGUGGGAGCAUACCAGUCGCUUGAAAGAGAGCUUGGAGCGCCGUAAGGGCGGUGGUUACGUUGGCCUUGGCUGGUGGAGUGAUGUUGCCUGGGCGUUGCGAGAGUCGACUUCUGAAGGCGCGGACGAAGUUACUGACCUUGGUCUUGAGGUUUUGCGCAAAGCUAUCGAGUCACUUUGA